AUGAAAAAUAUUUUCUUAAAAUAUUUAUUAUUUUUAAUAUAUUUAUUUAAUGUUGAAUCUUCAAAAAUUUUAGUUUUUAGUCCAACUAUAAGUCGAAGUCAUAUGAUUUCCAAUGCUCGAAUAGCUGAUACUUUAGCUAGUGAUGGACAUAAUGUUGUUAGUUGGUUUUGA